GCCUAGAGGGCUCCGCCCACCGCCACGGGGCCCCGCCCUGCAUCGCCCCACCGCCCCUCAACCCUCAGGUUCUCCAGCCCGCGGCGCCGCCGGGCAGCUCCUCCUCCUCUCCGCCCCGCCGGCCGCGGGCGCGGGGGACGUCAGCGCUGCCAGCGUGGAAAGAGCGGCGGGCGCGGGAGGAGGAAGUAGAGCUCAGGACCGCCGGGCCACCACCGGCCGCCUCAGCCAUGGACGCGUCCCUGGAGAAGAUAGCAGACCCCACGUUAGCUGAAAUGGGAAAAAACUUGAAGGAGGCAAUGAAGAUGCUGGAGGACAGUCAGAGAAGAACAGAAGAGGAAAAUGGAAAGCUCAUAUCUGGAGAUAUUCCAGGCCCACUCCAGGGCAGUGGACAAGAUAUGGUGAGCAUCCUCCAGUUAGUUCAGAAUCUGAUGCAUGGAGAUGAAGAUGAGGAGCCCCAGAGCCCCAGAAUCCAAAAUAUUGGAGAACAAGGUCAUAUGGCUUUGUUGGGACAUAGUCUGGGAGCUUAUAUUUCAACUCUGGACAAAGAGAAGCUGAGAAAACUUACAACUAGGAUACUUUCAGAUACCACCUUAUGGCUAUGCAGAAUUUUCAGAUAUGAAAAUGGCUGUGCUUAUUUCCACGAAGAGGAAAGAGAAGGACUUGCAAAGAUAUGUAGGCUUGCCAUUCAUUCUCGAUAUGAAGACUUCGUAGUGGAUGGCUUCAGUGUGUUAUAUAACAAGAAGCCUGUCAUAUAUCUUAGUGCUGCUGCUAGACCUGGCCUGGGCCAAUACCUUUGUAAUCAGCUCGGCUUGCCCUUCCCCUGCUUGUGCCGUGUACCCUGUAACACUAUGUUUGGAUCCCAGCAUCAGAUGGAUGUUGCCUUCCUGGAGAAACUGAUUAAAGAUGAUAUAGAGCGAGGAAGACUGCCUCUGUUGCUUGUUGCAAAUGCAGGAACUGCAGCAGUAGGACACACAGACAAGAUUGGGAGAUUGAAAGAACUCUGUGAGCAGUAUGGCAUAUGGCUUCAUGUGGAGGGUGUGAAUCUGGCAACAUUGGCUCUGGGUUAUGUCUCCUCAUCAGUGCUGGCUGCAACCAAAUGUGAUAGCAUGACGAUGACUCCUGGUCCGUGGCUGGGUUUGCCAGCUGUUCCUGCGGUGACUCUGUAUAAACAUGAUGACCCUGCCUUGACUUUAAUUGCUGGUCUUACAUCAAAUAAGCCCGCAGACAAACUCCGUGCCCUGCCUCUGUGGUUGUCUUUACAAUACUUGGGACUUGAUGGGAUUGUGGAGAGGAUCAAGCAUGCCUGUCAACUGAGUCAGCGGUUGCAGGGAAGUUUGAAGAAAGUGAAUUACAUCAAUAUCUUGGUGGAAGAUGAGCUCAGCUCCCCGGUGGUGGUGUUCAGAUUUUUCCAGGAAUUACCAGGCUCAGAUCCGGUGUUUAAAGCCGUCCCAGUGCCCAACAUGACACCUUCAGCAGUCGGCCGGGAAAGGCACUCAUGUGAUGCGCUGAAUCGCUGGCUGGGAGAACAGCUGAAGCAGCUGGUGCCUGCAAGCGGCCUCACGGUCAUGGAUCUGGAAGCUGAGGGCACGUGUUUGCGGUUCAGCCCUUUGAUGACGGCAGCAGUUUUAGGAACUCGGGGAGAGGAUGUGGAUCAGCUCGUAGCCUGCAUAGAAAGCAAACUGCCAGUGCUGUGCUGUACGCUCCAGUUGCGUGAAGAGUUCAAGCAGGAAGUGGAAGCAACAGCAGGUCUCCUAUAUGUCGAUGACCCUAACUGGCCUGGAAUAGGGGUUGUCAGGUAUGAACAUGCUAAUGAUGAUAAGAGCAGUUUGAAAUCAGAUCCCGAAGGGGAAAAAAUCCAUGCUGGACUCCUGAAAAAGUUAAAUGAACUGGAAUCUGACCUAACCUUUAAAAUAGGUCCUGAGUAUAAGAGCAUGAAGAGCUGCCUUUAUGUCGGCAUGGCGAGCGAUGACGUCGACGCUGCUGAGCUCGUGGAGACCAUUGCGGCCACAGCCCGGGAGAUAGAGGAGAACUCGAGGCUUUUGGAAAACAUGACGGAAGUGGUUCGGAAAGGCAUUCAGGAAGCUCAGGUGGAGCUACAGAAGGCAAAUGAAGAACGGCUUCUGGAAGAGGGGGUGUUGCGGCAGAUCCCUGUAGUGGGCUCCGUGCUGAAUUGGUUUUCUCCAGUCCAGGCUUUACAGAAGGGAAGAACUUUUAACUUGACAGCAGGCUCUCUGGAGUCCACAGAACCCAUAUAUGUCUACAAAGCACAAGGUGCAGGAGUCACACCGCCUCCAACGCCCUCGGGCAGUCGCACCAAGCAGAGGCUUCCAGGCCAGAAGCCUUUUAAAAGGUCCCUGCGAGGUUCAGAUGCUUUGAGUGAGACCAGCUCAGUCAGUCACAUUGAAGACUUAGAAAAGGUGGAGCGCCUGUCCUGUGGGCCGGAGCAGAUCACUCUCGAGGCCAGCAGCACUGAGGGACACCCAGGGGCUCCCAGCCCUCAGCACGCCGACCAGUCCGAGAUCUUCCAGAAAGGGGUCCCACACCCAGAAGAUGACCACCCACAGGUAGAAGGACCGGAGAGCUUAAGAUAAGACUCACUGUGUGGUUUGAGACUGUGCUGAGUAUUGUUUCAGGGAAGAUGAAGUUCUAUUGGAAAUGUGAACUGUGCCACAUACUACUAUAAAUUACUGUUGUUUGUGCUUCACUGGGAUUUUCGCACAAAUACGUGCCUGAAAGGUAGGCUUUCUAGGAGGGCAGUCACCUUGUCUAACUUCAUGUGUAUGUAGAACCACCAGGAACUGUUUGCUGUCCUAAUACCACUUUUCCCUAAGUUACCAUAAACACUUUUUAUUCACAAAAAACACUUCGAAUUUCAAGUGUCUACCACUUGCACCCUUGCUCUUUCUAAACAUAAGCGUAAGUACAUGAGGUUGCACAUGGCAACUUUUUGGUAAAACAGCUUUUUAUCAGCACUCUCCAGGUUCUCUGCAACACUUCACAGAGGCGAGACUGGCUGUAUCCUUUGCUGUCUUUAGUACGAUCAAGUUGCAAUAUACAACAGGACUGCUAGGCUUGAAGGAGAGCAGUGAUUGUGGGAUUGUAAAUAAGAGCAUCAGAAGCCCUCCCCAGCUACUGCUCUUCCUGGAGACUUAGUAAGGACUGUGUCCACUUGAGCCGUGGCAAGGUUGCUGUCUGGGACUGUCCUCUGCCACAAACCCGUUUCCCCCUUUAUACUGUUUGUAAAGAGAAACUGUAGUCUCCUCCCGACCAUGUAUUUUUAAAUACUGGUAAAGCUUUUAAAUUGGCACACAAGUACAGACUGUGCUCAUUUCUGUUUAGUAUCUGAAAACCCGAUAGAUGCUACCCUGAAGAGCCUGCUCUUCCGUGUGCUACGUAGCACCCACCUGGUUAAAAUCUGAAAACAAGUACCCCUUUGACCUUUCUCCACUGAAGCUUCCACUGCCCUGGCAGCUCACCUGGGCCCAACUCAGAAACACUAGCCAGCAGAGCUCUCUCUCACGCUGAACCAGCCAGGCGCCCUGCUUAAGUCAGUAGAAGCUUGCUCGCACUGCCCGUUCCUACUUUUCCGAAGUACUGCGUCACUUCGUCGUAAGUAAUGGCCCCUGUGCCUUCUUAGUCCAGCAGUCAAGCUUUUGGGAGACCUGAAAAUGGGGAAUUCACACUGGGUUUCUGGACUGUAGUAUUGGAAGCCUUAGUUAUAUUAAUAAGUUUAUAAUUAUACUCUGAUUUGAUGGGAUUUUUGACAUUUACACUUGUCAAAAUGCAGGGUUUUUUUUUUUUUUGGUGCAGAUGAUUAAACAGUCUUCCCUAUUUGGUGCAAUGAAGUAUAGCAGAUAAAAUGGGGGAGGGGUAAAUUAUCACCUUUAACAAAAUUACAUGUUUUUAUAUAUAUUUGGAAUUGUUAAAUUGGUUUUGCUGAAACAUUUCACCCUUGAGAUAUUAUUUGAAUGUUGGUUUCAAUAAAGGUUCUUGAAAUUGUUACCAGUGAA